AAAAGUUAUAAAAAACGCCGCAACCAUGUCACCAUUCGGGUUCAACGAUCCACUGACGGCGAUAGCAUCCGUAGUUACGGGAGUUGCGAUCAUACUGUCACUAAUCAAAUACUACCUCUACCUUACCUGCGGGCACUUUACCUCCUCUCGAAAGAUGGAAGGUAAGACGGUGAUCAUUACCGGUGCAAACUCGGGCAUUGGCAAGGAAACUGCCCGUGAUUUGGCUAAACGAGGCGCUCGCGUCAUUAUGGCCUGCCGGAACAUGACAACGGCGAAGGAGGCACAAGAGGAAAUAAUGGCCGAGACGGGUAAUACCAAGCUGCUCAUCAAACACGUCGACAUCAGUUCGCUGACAUCGGUGCGUGCAUUUGCGAAAGAAAUUGUUGCCACGGAACCGGUGAUCGAUGUGCUGAUACACAAUGCCGGCGUUGCACAGGGCUUUAACAACAAGGUAACGCCGGACGGGCUGGAAUUUACGAUGGCGACCAACUACUAUGGUCCAUUCUUGCUGACCCAUCUGCUGAUUGAUUUGCUGAAGCGCUCCGAACAGGGUCGGAUCGUGAUCGUGUCAUCGAAACUGUACCAGUUUGCUUCACUCAAUCCGGCCAACAUCAAUAGCAUCAAUCCGGUCAACUACUUUUCGCUCUUUCCGAUCCAUCUGUAUAAUCUGUCCAAGUUUGCAGAGAUUAUGUUCACGCAGGAGCUGGCCCGCCGUCUGCAGGGUACGAAGGUGACGGCGAACUGUCUUCACCCGGGCGUUAUCGAUACCGGCAUCUGGCGCAAUGUGCCGUUCCCGAUCAGCAUACUGUUUAAGCCGAUCCAGAUGUGCUUCCGCACGCCGGAGGAAGGUGCCCGCACCAGUAUCUAUCUGUCGGUGUCGCCGGACGUGGAAACGAUCAGUGGCCAGUACUUCCGGGGAUGCAAGGUGCAUCAGCUGAAUCGACGUGUUCAGCACGUCGCCAGACAGCAUGAACUGUGGGAAGCAUCCAAAAAGCUGGUAAAGCUAGUGCCAGAAGACCCACAGAUCUGAG